CGAGCGGCACCCCGGAACUGGAGGCGGAUACGGGUCUGACCUGCAGCGGACGCGCAAAUGGAGAUGCCAGAUGCGGUUUCGUUGUGUCUGCUGCUUUCUGCGUCAGUUUUCCGCCUCGGGGCAGAGGCAGAGGUCUCCGUGUGGAACUUGAUCAACUCGACAGAAGAUGCUGUGUUUCGGAAGACGCUGUACGCCAACACCACCAUCUUCAUUACGUUCCAGGGUGACCCAGCGUCAUGUGAGAGAAACCUGGCGUUCAACAUCAGUUGGUACCUGCGCUCCUCUGUUUGCUACAAUGAGGUCUUUAACACACCAGACAGCAAAGCAAAGAAGAUGUUUGGUAUGGACCACAUGCUGAAAGAUGGCUGGAGUGGCUUCUACAGUCAGAGCUACAUGUACUUCGACAACUGCUCCUCCCUCUUCUUACCGAAGGUGUAUUAUGCUGACUUCAUCCCAUAUCAGCCCCUUACUAGCCCAAAGAGUGACUCAUCAAAUCAGAGCCUCAUUUGGCCUGACAAGCCGGAUAUCGGUGCCGUGGCCAAAGCGUGGGAGGACAGUCCUUAUCUGUUCAUAGUAAAAGUGCAACCCUUGUUUCGUGGAGUUGAAGAUGAAGACAUUGGGGCAGAGCAGCUCAACUUUGCUUUCACAAUGAGAGUUGAGAUGAAGGGACCACAUGACUACUCCUCUCCAGCAGACUGGCCUCACAUGAUGUUCUUCAUGGUAAUGUGCAUUGUGUAUGUGCUGUUCGGGGCUCUCUGGCUCUUCUGGUGCGCCUGCUAUUGGAGGGAUCUGCUUCGGAUUCAGUUCUGGAUCGGCGCUGUCAUCAUCCUCGGCAUGCUGGAGAAAGCUGUGUUUUACUCAGAGUACCAGAGUAUCCGUUACAAAGGAGACUACGUUCAAGGUGCUGUGAUUUUUGCCGAGCUGCUCUCUGCACUCAAAAGAUCUUUAGCCCGAAUCCUGGUCCUCAUUGUCAGUCUUGGCUAUGGCAUAGUCAAGCCCAGGUUGGGUACCACAGUGCACCGGCUGGUAGCUGUUGGGCUCCUCUACCUGCUUUUCUCCUCUGUGGAGGGUGUGCUGAGAGUGACAGGUGGUUUCUAUGGUACGGUCGCCCUGGUGGCUAAUCUCAGCCUCUCCCUCAUUGACUCCUGUGUCAUGUGGUGGAUUUUCAUUAGUCUGUCUCAAACCACUCGUCUGUUGAAGCUCCGCAGAAAUGUAGUGAAGCUGUCUUUGUAUCAGCACUUCACCAACACUCUCAUCUUUUCUGUUGUUGCUUCCAUCAUAUUCAUUAUCUGGACCACCAAAGUCUUCAAGCUGGUAGACUGCCAGACGGGUUGGAGGGACUUGUGGGUAGACGAUGCCUUUUGGCGUCUCCUGUUCUCCACCAUUCUGCUAGUCAUCAUGGUGCUGCUGCGGCCAUCUGCUAACAGCCAGAGGUUCUCCCAUUCCCCUCUGAUUGAUGAAGACGACGAAGAGGAUGAGGCCAAGGAACCCAUGCUGAAUGAAGCUUUUGAGGGAAUGAAGAUGAGAGGCGCAAAGCCUGACACUAAUGGCUCUCAGAAACUAUUGAGUAAAGAGGAUGAAGACCUGAAAUGGGUUGAGGAGAACAUUCCUACAACUGUUGCUGAUGUAGCUCUCCCUGUAAUGCUAGAUGAGGAAGAGGAAAUCCUGAAAACCAAAAUGGAGAGAUCCAAAAUGGAGUAGAAGUAAAUGUGAGAACAUGAUGUGAGAAUCAAAAGAAAGAAUUUCACUGAGGCAGCAAUGAAUGCAUUCUGGGUGAUCUGAUUACCAAAAAAUGUGGUCAAAGCCAAAUGGUCUCUCAAGAAACUUUAACUUUUUAAUUAUAUUUCACAGGUAUUGUGUAAUACCUUAAUAAGCUCAAAGAAGCAUGAAUAGUGUGUUUUAUUAAGGCAGUACUGUGCAACCCUGAGUUGGAGGGGUUGGCUGUUGUUGUUGAUCUCUAGACUGCCAUUCUGGGACUGGUUUGAAACUGAAGCAAUUACACAGCAGGGAACUUCGAUAAAUGUUUUAUUUGUUUCAAAGAAAUUUCUUCACAGUCACAAACUUGGCCAAAUUAAGCAGAAACUGGGCAUUUUACACAAUGCUCUCAUGAAAAAUAGAAUAUUUAUCAAAAUCCUGUCCUGUGGUUUUAGAUUAAUACAAUACUUAAUAGGUCAUGUGGUUCUGUUUCAUUCCUUUCGAACUUCAAAUGGCAGUAAACAAAGUGGAUAUGUCUCCUUGUGCUCUGCACAGUUCGAGAUCUUAUAUAAACAAAGUCAUGUGUGUGAUGUACAUCUUGGCCUCUUUUAUGUUCUCACUGUUCGUGUCCUCCUCUUAUGCCGGCUGCUGCUGUCUUGUGCUGGCUUGUUCACCAGCUACACUAACUGUCUUAAGCCGUUGGUUGUGCAAGUGGAUUCCUCCAAAUGCUAGAUAUUCCAGUCACAAGCAGCUCUCCUCUGGUUUUCCUAGCUUAGCUUGGUAAGUUACAAGCGCAAUUCAGGCAAACAGGCUGGCAGCAAGUUGGCAGAGGUUGUGAUUUGCAUCCUGUGGCCUUGUCAGAGUUCUCACUUGGAUUAGCUGGCUACAAGUGCAAUUCAGGGGAACAGGCUGGCAGCAGGUUUGAUUAGCCAGACUGGCUGGCCAUUUGUUUGUCUGGUUGCAUUGAAAUAUAGAACUUCUAGAAGUUCUGAUUGCAUUCUGUGGCCAACCGCAGUUCUCGCUUGGAUUACAUGACAUGACCCAGACAUUUUGGGCACCACUCCAGUUUGCCUACCAGUUUGCUGUCCUUCCAUUUGGCCUGUCCCUGGCUCCUCGCCUUUUUACAAGGUGCAUGACGGCAGCCUUAACAUCACUAUGCCUGACAGGAGUAAAGAAACUCCCUUAUCUCGAUCACUGACUUAUUUGCAUCCCCUCGUUUCAGGAGGCAGAACAAGCAACGUCCAACGCCCCGCUCAUAUUGAGGCACUGGGCAUGUCUGUAAAUCGAGAGAUGAGCUCGUUCCCUCCGACACAGCAGACCUUUGUUGGCUUGUCUCAGGAUUCAGUGUCAAUGCAGGCAUGCCUGACUGUGGAGCGGGUGGAGAGGAUUCAUGGAUUACUAUGGUCUUUCCAAAUGGGGGCAGUUUGACCGUCUAGACGUGGCUCAGGCUGCUUGGGAUACUAACGGCAACCUCAGCAUUCACACCCCUUAGGCUGCUGCAUCUACGCCCUCUGCAGACGUGGUACAACAGCCUCCACAUGAAUCCACGUCUACACAGGUGGGUCAAGGUCAGAGUCGCUCACAAGUGCCUUGUUCUUCUCUGCCAGUGUAGGGACAGCACAUUUCUGCUGCAUGGUGUACCUCUUGGCUCAGUCUCAUUGAGGCUCACCUCAUGGUAGGGGGGCAUUGUGGCAGAAGAGGUCAGUCCAGGGAGUUUGGAGCCCUCAGUGGGGAGAGCAGCGCAUCAAUGUCUUAGAAAUCUGGACUGUCUAAUUGGUGCUGAAGCACUUCUUGCCCUUUCUCAAAGGAAAGCAUUAGCUCAUUCGAACAGACAACACCUCAUGAGUGUUUCAUAUCAACCAUCAAGGGGGGACCAGGUCACUGGAGUCCCCAAGAGAAGCCCAGAGACUGUGGACAUGGGCUUAUCCUCGAUUGGCCUCCUUGAGGGUGAUGUAUCUCCCAGGCAAUACUAACUCUGUGACAGAUUUGCCUCAGAGAGCACGUCUCAUUGUCCUUUGGGGUUUUCCUUGGCAGAGGCCAGUGCCCGGCUUGGGAUAGAUUCUCUUGCCAAUACCUAGCAGAGGGCUUUCUUUUAUGCAUUCCCUCUGAUCCCCCUGAUAAUGCCCAUGCUUCAGAGGGUGAGAUUGUCAGAUCACAGGGUCCUCCUAGGGGCCCCCAAAUGGCCAUCAAGGAUUUGGUGCUCCACACUACUGUGUCUGUUGGACAGAGUUCCUUGGCAGCUCCAAGUGAGGAUGGACCUCCCGUUCCAGCUGGAUGGGAAUGUUAGGCAUCCAUCUCCGACCCUCCUUCAGCUCUGGAUAUGGCCAUUGAUGGAGAUUGACCACUUCUAACUGACCGUGAGCCCUCAGUUUAUGAGACCUUGUAGAGCACAAGGGCUCCUUCCACAAAUAUGGUGUGUGACACUGUGGCCAGAUAUCUCUUUCCUACCAAAGGUUUUAUCCCAAAGCCAAGUUAAUCAGGCCAUAGAACUAGUUUGCUGAAACAACCAAAUAGGCUUAUGCAGUAGCAGGUAAAUCUGCCCCAUUAGAUGUUAUCUGUCAUUCUACCAGGGGUGUGGCCACAUCCUGGACGGCAAUGAGGGGGAUGUCACUAGGGAAGAUCCGUGUGGGAGCGCCCUGGACAGUACCUUGCACACUCUCCAAGUUCUGUUGCCUUAAUGUGGCCUCUGGGUCCACGCUAGCAUCAACCCUUCUGCCAUUGGCUUCUACAAGUUGAUCAGUAGGUGGGUAUCGGUUCCUCAUGACGCUACAGGUAUGAGUCAUGCACUUUGUUUACUGCCACAGUCAGGAAGGAAUGAAAUAGAACGGACGUUACCAGGGUAACUGGUUCUGUGAAUUCCUGGAUGACUGCCAGUGAUGCCGGUCACGGGGAAGCUUUCAGGGUGAGAAUAUUCUGAGGCCGGAAGUAGGCUACCACAUGGUAUUUAUAAUGGGGACACCAAGUUAUUGUGCAUAAAAAGAGAUUAUAUUUAUGUCAACACAGCAUCUGACACUUUAACUCUAGGUUAUCUGCAGAGAUGUGCUGUGCCAUAAACUAAAUGUAAAAAAAUGCUGUUUUCAGCAUGUGUUUUACUGCGUUACAUAUUUAAUAGGUCACAUGAUGACACACGUUUAAUUUUUAAAUGAGCAAGCAACUGCAUGGUAUGAUUAACCAUUUAGCCAGAUAACUAAAAAAGAGUAACGUUUUUACGCUUUUACCCAGCCAUUGAACAUUUCCUGAGCUCACUUUAUGCAGCUAAACCUUUCUUACUGUUAACACAUAACUAACACUUUGUUUUCUGGCUAACUGAUUAAUCUUGGAUAUCAGAAUUCAGUAUAUUUGCCAAUGUUACCGUAUGUGAACACGGCUGCAUUAGUGAAUAUUGAUACAUGAAGCAUAUCACAGUUUUCAGGGGAAAACGUGCUAACUCUGUGUUUUGGGGGAUGCUGGUGUUAACUAGAAAACACUGUCUUUUGGGCUGGGAGAAUGUAGUGACCCUGUUGGUGAUGAAACUCUUUCGAAGCCAAGUAUAUGCUAUCAUAAACAUCAAAAGUGUCCAUUUUGUAGACACAAGUGCGAGACCAGAUCACUUCUGAGAUGUCAUCUUUACACAGAACAGCUCAAGCAAGUGAAAAUGCUACUCUAGUUCUGGUUAUUUUCAAACUUUUACUGACAAAUGAAAGAUUGCAUGGUCCUCAAUGGGAACAAUGUAUAACCCUUAUAUAAAAUAUAAUUUUUUUCCAGACCCAUUUUCAAGCAUAAGUAGUCAUGAGUCCAAAGUUAAGUAUGUUUAUUUCAUCUCUAUAAAGAAGAAGAUUUUGUAGAUUUUCACAUAACAGCAGAAAUUUAGGUCUGCUUCAUGUCACCAAAGUGAAAACUUUUUUUUAGUUACUGAAUCACAGAAUUCAUUGAUGAGCCUUGUGGAUGUGGUGUGGGCCUAAUUUCAAAUAUACACGUGACUGUCUAUAUGUAUGUAAUCCUUUCUCAAUCACCGUCCACUGACUGGGCCAGAGCUUUAUUUACGUCUUCACCUAAAUUCAGUAGAACAGGGUAGUUUAAAAAAAAAAAAAAAAAAAAAAAUACUGUACAUGAUAAAUUCAUAUUUUUUAUUUCACCAGAGGUCAAAUUCCUUUAAGCCUAUCCCAUUCUCACUGCAAAAAUAAUUUUCUGACUUAUCUAGCAGAAUUGCACCAAUCAGCCACAACAUUAAAACCAGUUACGAGUUUUAAUGUGGCUGAGUGGUAUUUAUUCCCGUCCUUGUGCAGUCUACUGCAGUAUGUAUGGAUAUUCUAAAUUUCUUAAUUUAUGUUUUUUAUAUUUGUCCAAGUCUUGUUGAGGAUAUUUACAUUUCUGAGAGAUACUGAAGCCCAAUUUCCGGAUGUGAGUCUACAUUGUAAUGUGAAGCUGAGGAAAUUGUAUGGCUUUUUGCGAAUGUCUUGCAAAUAAAAUUUAUAUUGAAACAUUA